UCCGGGAAAAAAGGAAACCAUGGAAUCCAGCGACAAUGUCGCUGCUCUGUGAGAAUUGCCGUUCAGUUUCCGUGUGAAAAAUUUCAUUCAUUCCACACUGUGUCCUCUCCCCAUUCUUUCACAGAAUAAGAGACUACAUGAAUAACGAGGGUCAAAGGGGUCUUUUGGUUUUCAGAUCAGCUCCCAGGUCAGUCGUCGCCGGCCGGCAAUUACCGGUUCGACGACGACCCAUUCCUUUUGCAGCUCUUUAGCCGGUUUUUGGGCUCCAUAGUUGGACGUAGAGGUUCGAACUUUUUGGCUUGGUAAAGGCAACUUUGCAUGGUGAAUUGAGUAAGACGUCUUCAGCUAUGGAGCCUAAGCAUGUUACUGCAACUGAUGGAAAAUCAGGGACACCUCCUACCCUUGCUGUUACAGGACUUAAAGUCUCCCCUCGCGGGAAAACUUUAAGUUCCUCAGACUCUUCCUGCAAUACAUCACCUGACUCGACACUGAAUGACCCCUUUGGCAAGGCUAAUUAUGAAUCUGAUGAUUCCACUGCUAAUGCAAAUAACUUACCCAAACUUGGUAAGGAUAACAAAUCAUGGUUUUCAGACAACAAAAAUCCUGUUUCUGGGAGCUCUACCAUUAGUAGUGAACCCUUAAACCAUGAAGUGUCACCUUCCAUGUCACAGUCAAAAGGGACUCACUGUUUUUCCAGGUCAUGCUCUGGCAAUUCGUCAACCACAGAAUCACCUCCCAUGCAAGUAAUGGAGCACUCCGCAAACGAAUCUUAUAGGAUCCCUUCUUCAGUGUUUGCUAGAGAUGAGUCUGCAAAUCCAGCAGAGUGGAGUGUAACUUCCCAUGAAUCAUUAUUUAGCAUUCACAUGGGUACUAUGAGUUUUACCAAAGAUGCUAGUUUUUUGCAGUCGGAUGAGCUGGGUGAGCUAGGAACUCCUCGAAACUUCCCCUUAUCCCCUGCUAUGUGUGACUUCUCUCCGUACCAGUCAAGUCAUGAGAUGGAAUUGGCUGAAGUGGAGAUCUCAAGGGGAAAUGAGGAUUUAAAUCAUGAAAGAUCUCUUGCUGUUGGACGUAUCUCUCCUAAACCAAUGGAAAGUGGAACCAAUACAAUGUCUUUUGCAUUUCCAGUGCUGUCAGGGAAUCUGAAUAAAAAUUAUUCAGUGCGCAUGGCUGCUCCAGUUGAAUCUAGCCCAGAGCAGAAGCAACCUCAGUUAGAAUUAGCAGAGCUGCAUACAGAACCGCUGCCUCAAUCAGAGCCAAAGACCCCGACAGCAACUGAAAAUGCUGGGAAAACAAAAUGGUUUCCUUGCUUCUCAUGCUGCUCUUCCGGUUCCUAGGAUUGCUUUACUAAUAGUCCCUUUGUUUCUGACGAUGCCAUGGUUCAAGGAAUAAUACGAUUAGCCCAGAAGUGCUGAUGUGGUGCAUGCCCGGUGAGUUUGGUAGUAACAACUUUCAUAAAAAGGACUUAAAGUGCUACUUUGAUGAAUUUUGGUAAAGUAUGAUGACUUGAUCAUCCAGUUUACUGGCCUGUCCUUUGGAUCGCUAUGUGUUUGGUUCCAGAGUUCUAAUUAGAAGAUUACGAAGGCCUUCAACUUAUGGGAUUCUGAUUUUUUUCAAUUGUUUGUGUCAAAUGUAAAUAAGCAGGAGUCUUUUUUCCAGAUUUUGUUUGAUGCUGAUAAGUCAGAAAUUAGGGACUUACCUAAGUGUUU